UAAUUUUAGAUUUUUGCCUAAUGCCUCCCAAAAAGCCAGCAGCAGCCUCUGCUGAGCCGUCUGAUUCGUCCUCAAGUGAAGAGCCGGCGUACGCGAGAACUGACAAAAAAUCAGAUGCUGCGCCUCAUCCAUCCACGGCGAUUAUGGUGGAAGAGGCGCUUCAAGCGUUGGACUCGCGCAAAGGGGUUUCAUCCCACGCGAUCCAGAAGUUCAUCACAGAAAAAUACCCGUCGGUGGAUCCGGUGAGGCUGAAGACUUUGGUUCGCAAAAACUUGAAGAAGGGACUGGAGACCGGAACGCUGGUGAAGCCCGGAAACUCCAACAUGACUACAAGCACACGAAGAUUUAGGCUCGCACCAAAGACAAAGCCGAAAGCUGAAAACGGGGCGGCUAGUAUGAAAAAAUCGCCGAAAGUAGCAAAGGAUGGAGCCAAGAAGCUCAGCAAAGCGGGUGCCACGAAGGAUGCUGCAAACGGACAGGCCAAGUCUAAAGAGGACUCAAAGCCUCCCAAAAGGUCAAAGAAGGAUGAAGCUACCACAUCAAAGGUUGCUCCAGCAAAGAAGCCAAAGGCUAAAAAAGCUGAAGUAACUGGGGAUGGUGAGGAAAGCUCUAACGCAACCAAAACUAAAGCAAAGAAAACCAAGGCGGCAAAGACUGGAAGAGCCAAGGCUGCCAAAGCAGACAGUACCAUCCCUGUUUCUAAAUCAAAUGGGAAAUGAGGGGAUGAAGGCUGCAGAGUGAACUUAUGAUU